UUUAGCCUCAGUCGGACGGGUGCGGAGACGCUUCUGGAAGGCCGCGAUGGCUGCGCAGGGAGAGCCCCAGGUCCAGUUUAAACUUGUAUUGGUUGGUGAUGGUGGUACCGGAAAAACUUUUGUUAAACGUCAUUUGACUGGUGAAUUUGAGAAGUAUGUAGCCACCUUGGGUAUUGAGGUUCAUCCCCUAGUGUUCCACACUAACAGAGGACCUAUUAAGUUCAAUGUGUGGGACAUGGCUGGCCAGGAGAAAUUCGACGGACUGAGAGAUGGCUAUUAUAUCCAAGCCCAGUGUGCCAUCAUGUUUGAUGUAACAUCCAGAGUUACUUACAAAAAUGUGCCUAACUGGGAUAGAGAUCUGGUGUGA